AUGGAAAAUAUCUUGACCCAAUACCUGGCAGCCUCCUGCAGAUACAUCCUGCUGGCCCAGUUCAUAGAGUUGACACGCAGGUUUUAUUUGGGUAUUGGAACGCUUAACGCUGCAGUCCAGAACACUGUCAGCACACGGCCACCAACACCCAUCGAAGUGUUCUUCGCACGGUUCCCGGAGUAUCCAUAUGACCAGAGAAGAGAGACAAUACUUCAGUUUCGGGAAAUGUCCAAACAAUUUGGCUGGGGUAAAUCCGAGAGGCGCAGGGCAAUUGAUGACCUCCAUGAUGCUAUCGCCCAGCAAUUCAACGAUAUAUAUGGUGCUGACGUCAAGGACCUUCAUGCGUGGCAGAGACUCUGUGGGUUGGUGGGUGGUGGGAACAUACCGAACAAUAUUGAAGCAUGCAGAGCGGUGAUAAGAAGAGUUCAUGUGAACAUAUGCGACUUGGUCGAUUACCCGGCAACUACCAUACCGCCUCCUGUCUUCUUCACAGAGAGUGCGUUGGCCAGGUAUAGUCAUGCCUUUGACAAGAUCUUUCCAAAGGAGAAUGCCUAUGCGGGCGGCCUUUUGAAGUUCCUCUUGAGGCACAUCUAUCCGCCGCAUGACCGAAGAAUCAGUGGUCGAGGAAGAGAGAGCGGGUAA